AUGCGUUUGCAUUUUCUCUUGCUACUCUUGCUCUGUUGUGUCUCCCCUUCAACCUUCUUAAUUGCCACUGCAAAUACUCAUGGUGGUGGUCUUGUUGGUUGUCAUCCACGCCAGAUUCAAGCCUUUUCUCAGUUCAAAAACGAGUUUGAUACUCGCCGUUGCAACCAUAGUGACUUCUCUAAUGGAGUCUGGUGCGAUAACUCUACCGGUGAGAUCACGAAGCUACGACUCAGUGCCUGUCUCAGUGGAACCUUGAAGCCGAACAGUAGCCUCUUUGGAUUGCAUCAUCUUCGUUACCUUAAUCUCUUUGGAAACAACUUCAUCUCCUCUUCACUCCCUUUCGAGUUUGGCAAUCUCAACAAAUUAGAGGUUUUAUCUCUUUCCUCUAAUGCUUUCAACGGCCAAGUUCCUUCCUCAUUUAGUAACCUAAGCAUGCUUUCCGUUUUAAACUUGUCCAAUAACGAGCUCACUGGUAGUUUCCCACUUGUGGGGAAUCUAACUAAGCUCACAGUUCUAAAGAUUUCUCACAAUCACUUCUCCGGAACUCUGAAUUCCAAGAGUAGCCUCUUUGAGUUGCGCCAGCUCCAUGAGCUUCAUCUCCCCUUUAACAACUUCAGUUCCUCACUUCAUUUAGAAUUUGGAAAUCUCAACAAAUUAGAGAUCUUGUCUCUUUCCAAUAAUGGCUUCUUGGGACAAGUUCCUCCCACAAUUAGUAACAUGACCUCGUUAACCGAGAUGUACCUGGGCGAAAACGGUCUCACUGGUAGUUUCCCACUUGUACAAAACCUAACUAAGCUCACUCUUAUAAGCCUUUACGGGAAUCACUUCUACGGAACCAUUCCUUCUUCUCUCUUCACUCUGCCUUUCUUGGUAGAAGUUGAUGUAAGUGGAAACCAGUUCACCGGUUCCAUUGAACAUCCCAACUCCUCUUCCCCGUCAAGGCUAGAACUUCUGAACCUUGGAAACAACGAGUUUGAAGGAAAAAUAUUAGAGCCAAUUUCAAAGUUCAUCACCCUCAAGUAUCUCGACCUUUCUUUCCUAAAAACAAGUACUCCAAUAGACCUAAGCCUCUUCUCCUCUUUCAAACUUUUUGUGUACCUUAGUCUUUCUGAAGAAGAAGAGGAAGAAGUAUUGAACUGGAAAGGAGUGGCGAUAGGGUAUGGGCCUGGACUAUUGCUUGGAUUGGCAAUCACACAAGCCAUCGCUUCGUACAAGCCUGCGUGGCUCGUCAAGAUCAUUGGUCCGAAAAAAUCGUAG